ACUGUGAGUGUUAUAAUUCUACUCUACUCAUUACAAUGCGUGGCCUGCGCGCGCGCCGCGCUCGGGGAGGUGCCGCGGGACCUGCCCGUCAACACUGAUGCACUGUGAGUGUUAUAAUUCUACUCUACUCAUUACAAUGCGUGGCCUGCGCGCGCGCCGCGCUCGGGGAGGUGCCGCGGGACCUGCCCGUCAACACUGAUGCACUAUUGAUGUCAGACAAUAGCCUCGGUCAGAUCAAGUCAGACGGUCUGUUCGGACGCCUGCCAGACCUCACUAAGCUGGACCUUCGAAAUAAUGGCAUUACUUUGAUAGAAGACAAUGCAUUUGACGGUGCUGCCAACAUCCAGGAGUUGCUGCUGGAUGGGAACCUGCUGCAGACUGUCACCGAUAAGAUGUUCUUCGGGCUACAUAGCUUGAGUGUGCUAUCUCUCACGGAUAAUAAGAUCAAGUGCAUCACUCCAGGAGCCUUCGACCACCUCACCAUGCUGUCUACGUUAAAUCUAGAAUCAAAUCCUCUGGACUGCACGUGCCACAUAUCUUGGCUGCCAAACUGGCUCCGCAGCCGGCGUCUGUCUCCAUCAGCUACCUGCAGGUCACCAGCCGCGCUGAGAGACGCCAACUUGCAUCAUUUGGAAGUCUCUGAUUUUAAAUGUACUGCGGAAGACAAAGGCUGUCUAUCACCGGACUACUGCCCGGCACAGUGUGCCUGUACGGGCACUGUGGUGCGAUGUUCCCGGGCACAGCUGACCACUGUACCACUCAACAUACCCAAGCAGACUACUGAACUCUACCUGGAAUCGAACGACAUAGCGACUAUACUACCGGACCAGAUCCGCCAUCUCACGCAGCUGACACGUCUGGACCUGUCCAACAACAAGAUCAGUGUCAUCACAAACAAUACUUUUGAGGGGUUAACCAAAUUGUCAACUUUAAUCGUCAGUUACAAUAAGCUGAGAUGUGUUCAGCGCGAUGCCCUGAAAGGGCUCACCCAGCUAAGAGUACUCUCACUCCAUGGAAACAACAUCUCUAUGCUCGCUGAUGGUGUCUUCAGGGACCUGGAGUCUAUAUCUCAUGUUGCCCUAGGUUCGAAUCCACUAUACUGCGACUGCAACUCCCGCUGGUUGUCGGAAUGGGUGAAAUCUGCUGGGGAGUACGUGGAGCCUGGUAUUGCGCGGUGCUCAGAACCGGUCGCCAUGAGGGAUAAGCUGAUAUUGAGCACACAGUCCAGCGCUUUUGUCUGCAACGGCGUCCCCCCGGCGGAAGUGAUAUCCAAGUGCGACAGUUGCUACAGCAACCCGUGCCGCAACGGCGGGCGCUGCCGCGCGCGGGCGGCGGGCGGCCGCGACUGCCAGUGCGCGCGCGGGUACCACGGCGACACCUGCCAGCACCACAUCGACGCCUGCUACGGCUCGCCCUGCGCGCACGGGCUCUGUCGGGUCCUCGAGGAGGGCCGCUUCCACUGUUCCUGCCAGGCAGGCUAUACAGGCGCGCGCUGUGAAGUCAACAUAGAUGACUGCGUGGCGAACAAGUGCCAGAACAAUGCGACCUGCGUGGAUCAUCUUGAAGGGUACUCCUGCAAAUGUGCACCUGGAUUUAUGGAGUCUAACGGCGCGUCGUGCGUGGACGGGCUGGACGAGUACCGCUGCGCAUGCGCGGCGGGGUACGCCGGCCGCUACUGCGAGGCCGCGCCGCACGCCGCGCUCGGCACCUCGCCCUGCGCGCACCACGACUGUCUGCACGGCGUCUGCUACCUGCCGCAACGAGCGCUACAGGACGAUAUAAUAAUGGAGCGCCCUCUACUGAGCACAGCUAACGACUAUCUCUGCAAAUGUGCACCCGGAUACUCAGGUCGUCUCUGCGAGUACCUGACUUCUCUGACGUUCAGCCAUAACGACUCCCUGGUAGAACUGGAGCCGCUGAGGACCACGCCACAAGCCAAUGUCACGCUCAUAUUCAGUACUACACAACUCCACGGAGUAUUGAUGUACUUCGGCGAGAACGAGCAUCUGGCGGUGGAACUCUUCAACGGGAGGAUCCGCAUCAGCUACGACAUCGGCAACCAUCCAACUUCUACCAUGUACAGUUUCGAGAUGGUGUCCGACGGUAACUACCACAAGGCGGAGCUGGUUGCCAUCAAGAAGAACUUCACGCUGAAGGUGGAUGAUGGACCGGCGCGGUCUAUUAUUAAUGAAGGAGCCAAGGAGUACCUUCGUCUCGAGAGGCCGAUGUACCUCGGAGGAGUGCCGGAAGAAAUCGCCAAGGAGGCGUUCAGCAAGUGGCAUCUACGGAACAUUACCAGUUUUAAAGGGUGUAUGAAAGCCGCAUGGAUAAACCAUAAACGCGUGGACUAUGUGAACGCGGUGAGGGUCCAGAGGACCUCGGCUGGGUGUGGAGAGGACGAGCCGACCAGCUCCAUGGCAGCCACUGUCUUCGUCCAGGAGGAUGCUGGGAGACAUAAUCAGGACCCGUGCGUGCCCAACCCGUGCGCCCGCGGCGGGCGCUGCGUGCGCGAGGAAGGCUCCCCGUCCGACUACACGUGUCGCUGCCGGGCCGGGACCGCGGGCCCGCAGUGCGAGCUGAGGGCUUCUAUCAGCGGUGCCCCAGUCAUCACUCAAGGGAGUAAGAUGCCACAACGGAAGCAAGCCAUCAGUAACGUGCAGGCUUCACCAGCGGCUCCGUCUCACAAGCAACAGAUGCCGUCAGAACACGCGCCAUCACAACCCACUCCGGCCAUGGGAGCUUGCAGAAAGGAGGCGACCCGCGAGAUAAUAACGGAGGGCUCGUGUCGGUCGCGGCGCGCGGUGCGCGGGGCGCGCUGCGUGGCGCGGGACGCGCGCGCCGCCUGCGGGAAGGGACACUGCUGCGCGCCGCGGAAGACUAAGAAGAGAAAGAUAAGAUUAAUCUGCUCCGACGGUACGAGAUACACCAAAGAUAUAGAAAUAGUCAGAAAAUGUGCUUGUGGGAAGAAGUGCGCGAGAACAACCCCAUUCCACUGAACAAGACUGACCAUCUACUACCACCAUGUCAUUUUACCCUAAAACCUUUCAAGUCACUAUUACCCCCAUUUCCUACACAUGUGUCACUUUUACCCUAAAACCUUUGAACAGUCAUAAUUAAACCCUAAAUAUCUGGUAUGUCACUUUUACCCCAAAACGUGGAUAGUCAUUAUUACUCUCUAAAUAACAGCUAUCAUGUCAUUGUUAUCCUAAAACUUGAAUAGUCAUAAUAACCCUUAUCUAAAAUAUCCAUGACACAUUUAUCCUAACACCUUUGACACAAUAUUAUCCCUUCAAUAACAACGAUGUCUUUUACCCCGAUACACUAGACUUGAAUUGUCACUAUUACCCCCUAAAUAACUGGUAUGUCAUCGUUACCCUAUAACCUGAAUAGUCAUAAUUACCCCAGGGUAAGCUACUAAUAACCUAAUCGAAUCCCAGAUCUUCUGCCAACGCGAUAGAUUAAGGACAACAAAAUAUGGCUAUAAAAUAAAUACAAAUUAUCCUGGAACAAGAUAGUGGGUAAAGGCGUGUAGGAAUUACUACUAUUAAAGGUUAAGCAUACAAUAAUAUACAUAAUUCUUAUAAUAGGUACAGUGGCCAGCAAAUGAACCCAUACUUUUUUGAAAAAUAUCUCUAUUACAUCUUCAACUUUAUUGUAUUGACAUAAAGUGGAAAAUCCAAUGAAUAAAGACAGACUGCAGUGGGUUGAUCCGCUGACUGUAAUACCCAAUGACCCCAGUUAUCCAAGUGCCCUCGAUUUCGAAAAAUAAGAAAGUAAUGCUGAAUACUACACAAAUAGGUAUUACAUUUUACUUGUUUAAAAUUAAUAAAGGCGUUGUCAUGUCAACGAGUAGCAAUAAACAGGUAGACAUUCCCAACUUAUAUGAAUUCAAUUCAAAUGACACAAAAAAAUAAUUUAAUGAAAAACUACACUCAAUAUUAUAAAACUACCAAAAUAUCAAAUAUUGUACAUGGCAACAAUACCAACGAGCUGACCCCAGGCAAUAGACAAUAAUCAAGCUUUUUUAUUGAUAUAUACACAUACAUACAUCCUUACAUAUUAUAUUAUUAUGGUAGCAUUGAUAUAAGUGGCAUAUUGAUAUCAACUUUACAAAAAUAAACUUAAAAACUCAUCAAUUUCAAAAUAUGAAUGAAUACAUACAAUAUUUUGUAAAGUUAAUUCAAUUAGUC